AUGUCUGUUCAAGUUUCACUUGCAUCGGAUCAACCUCAAACCCCUAAGGCCACACCUGAUGAUGUUAAUCGACGUUGUGCUAAUUUUUCUCCGAGCAUGUGGGGCUAUCAUUUUCUGUCAUAUGCUUCAGUGGAAACAAACAUCAACGCUAAGCAACGUGCCCAAGAACUGAAGGAAAAAGUGAAGAUGAUCAUAAUGGCUCCAGUUAAAAAGCCUUCACAAAAAUUGGACUUGAUUCAUGACAUCCAGCGCUUAGGUGUCUCUCACCAUUUUGAAAAUGAGAUUGAGGAACUUCUGCAGCAAAUUCACACCAGCUCCCAUUGCAAUACUGAGUCUGGGGACCAAGAAACUGAUAAUGAGCUUUACACUGCAGCGCUUCGAUUUCGAUUACUCAGACAACAAGGUUAUAAUAUUUCAUGCGAUAUAUUCAAUAAUUUCAAGGACAGUGAUGGGAAAUUUAAGGAAUCUCUGGUGAAUGAUGUAGUAGGACUUUUAAGCUUGUACGAAGCCACACAUCUUAGGAUCCACGGAGAGGAUAUACUUGAUGAGGCCUUAACCUUCACCACCACUCAUCUUGAAUCCGCAACGCACCGUUUAAGCCCCAUACUUUCGAAACAAGUCACUCAUGCCCUGUACCAGCCAUUCUGGAAGGGCUUGCCAAGGCUAGAAACAAGGCAUUACCUGUCUCUCUAUCAGGAACGCGAUUCACAGAACGAGACUCUCCUGAAUUUCGCAAAGCUGGAUUUCAAUCUACUGCAACAAGUUCAUCAAAGAGAACUAAGUGAAAUUUCAAGGUGGUGGAAGGACUUAGACUUUGUAAACAAGCUACCUUUUGCAAGAGACAGAGUAGUUGAGAGCUACUUUUGGGCUUCGGGAGUACACUUUGAGCCUCAAUAUUACUUUGCUAGGAUUACACUAUGCAAAGUUAUUGCUUUGAUAACCAUCCUUAAUGACAUCUAUGAUGUGUACGGCACACAUGAGGAACUAGAGCUCUUUACUGAAGCUGUUGAAAGGUGGGACAUCUCCGCUAUGGAUCAUCUGCCAGAGUACAUGAAAGUUUGCUAUCAAGCACUAUUGGAUGUUUACGUUGAAAUUGAAGAAAAUCUUGCAAAUGAGGGAAACUUAUAUAGCAUCCACUACGCAAGAGAAGCAAUGAAAGUCCUAGUUAGAGCUUACUUCCAAAAAGCCAAAUGGUUCCAUCAGAAAUACACACCAACAAUGGAUGACUACAUGUCGGCAGCGCUUAAUGCAUCCAACUUCGCGUUGGCAACCACAUCCUUUGUUGGAAUGGGAGAUAUUGCUACCAAAGACUCCAUGGAUUGGGUGUUCGACGACCCUAAGAUGGUAAAGGCUGCAUCAUUAAUUGGUAGAAUCAUGAAUGACAUCAAAUCCCACCAGUUUGAGCAAAAGAGAGGACAUGUUGCCUCAGCUGUGGAAUGCUACAUGAAAGAAUAUGGUGCCACAGAAGAAGAAGCAAAUAUCGAACUAAGCAAGCAAGUGAAUAAUGCAUGGAAGGACAUAAACGAAACGAGCAUCCAGAACACCACCAUCCCCGUGCCCCUCUUACUGCGAAUUUUGAAUCUUGCACGUGUGGUUGAAGUUUUAUACAAGCAUGGUGAUGGCUUUACUCAUGCUGGAAUUUUUCUCAAGGAUUCUGUAGUUUCUCUGUUUGUAGAACCUGUGCCCCUAUAGGCCUAGAAUUUGAACUUGUCCUUUGUUGGAGCAUAAAAUUUCUGGUCCUCCAACAAGUAAUCUUAUGUCCUUGUUCAGAAGCCGAUCACCAUACUUCGCUUGCCACAAAUGAGAGAGAAGGGAGUACCUGCAAGAGAACACACAGAUGCCCAAAUCAGUGUCUAGAAAUAUCAUAGUAGAAUCAGAAUAUCCCUUACCUAAGUCCUGUAGUAAAAUAAGGAG